CCUUCAUCACCAUCACCAUCAUCGCCACCAUCACUGCGCUCACCUCCGGCUUGAUCACCCAGUGCCAUCCUGUGCUGGACUCUGUGCUGGGCCACUAUGCCAUGUUAAGUCAUCCUGCCUACCUGGUCUAUUGCCUGUUCACCUGCCAGGAGAGCUGGGCCCCAAACCAGGAGAGAUCUAGGGAGAUGAGUCCCGGCCUGUGUCAGUGACCUUCAUCUUCCCCUUUGGUCGUGUUCUGUCUCCUCUGCCAUGGCCCCAUCUUGUCCCCCCUCAGCUCCUCUUCCUCCUCCUUGUCACAUCAUGCCUUCCCUCCCCCUUUCAUGACUUUCUCCCUCCACCACGCCUGCUUUCCUUCUACCAGGCCUCACCAAUGCCAGGAGCAUGGACACAGGUGUGGGGGGUGGGUGGAGCAAGACUGGCCUGGAGGAAGGAUUAGGGGACUCCUGUUUGAAGCAUUGAGCUAAAAUAGGGCAUGUGCCCCUUGGAAUGGGGAGGGCCCCUUCUCCUGUGGGAGCCUCAACUGGCUCUCCUGCACCCCCAGUUCACCGGCACACAUCCCACCAUACCCACCACCCGCUCUCGGCCCGCCUGCCUCCACCCCACAAGUUACGACGCCUGCCCCCCACCUCUGCCCUGCACACCAAGAGGAAGAAGAAGAAGGAGAAAACCUCUGCUCCCCCCUCGGAGGGGACCCCUCCCAUCCAGGAAGAGGGAGGAGCUGGAGCCGAGGAGGAGGAAGAGGAGGAGGAGGAGGGGGAAUCUGAGGCAGAACCUGUGGAGCCUCCACCCGCAGGGCCUCCACAGAAAGCAAAGUUCUCCAUUGGCAGCGAUGAAGAUGACAGCCCUGGCCUUUCUGGCAGGGCCUCCUGCACCAAGCCUCUGCCCUCGGUGGGCCCACGUUCUGAACAGAGCCCCCAGAACUCCAUCAGCUCUCCCAGCCCCCGGGCCCGGGCUUCCCGAAUUGCUGCAGAGAAGAGCCGGCCGUGGAGUCCAUCGGCCAGCUAUGACCUGAAGGAGCGACUGUGCCCAGGCAGUGCCCUGGGUAACCCUGGUGGGACAGAGCAACGGGUGCCAACUGAUGAGGCAGAGGCCCGGAUGCUGGGCUCUGCAGACCUGGAUGACAUGAAGAGUCACCGGCUGGAGGACAACCCCGGUGUUCGGCGACACUUGGUGAAGAAGCCAUCUCGGACGCAGGGAGGGAGGAGCAGCCCAAGUGGCCUGGCUCCCAUCCUGCGCAGGAAGAAGAAGAAGAAGAAGUUGGAUCGGAGACCUCAUGAGGUGUUUGUGGAACUGAAUGAACUGAUGCUGGACCGCAGCCAGGAGCCUCACUGGCGGGAGACAGCCCGCUGGAUCAAGUUUGAGGAAGAUGUGGAGGAGGAGACGGAGCGCUGGGGCAAGCCCCAUGUUGCCUCCCUUUCUUUCCGAAGCCUUUUGGAGCUCAGAAGGACCAUUGCCCAUGGAGCGGCCCUCUUGGACCUGGAGCAAACAACUCUACCAGGCAUCGCACACCUUGUGGUGGAGACCAUGAUCGUAUCUGACCAGAUCCGGCCAGAGGACAGGGCCAGUGUCCUGCGGACCUUGCUGCUAAAACACAGCCAUCCCAAUGAUGACAAGGACAGUGGCUUCUUCCCCCGGAACCCAUCGAGUUCCAGUGUGAACUCAGUCCUGGGGAAUCAUCACCCCACCCCUAGCCAUGGCCCUGAUGGCCCAGUGCCAACCAUAGCUGAUGACCUCGGAGAGCCAGCCCCACUUUGGCCACACGACCCUGAUGCCAAGGAGAAGCCCCUCCACAUGCCCGGGGGAGAUGGUCAUCGGGGGAAAAGCCUGAAGCUGCUGGAGAAGAUCCCUGAAGAUGCUGAAGCCACUGUUGUGCUUGUGGGCUGUGUGCCUUUCUUGGAGCAGCCAGCAGCAGCCUUUGUGCGGCUGAGCGAGGCUGUGCUGUUGGAGUCUGUGCUUGAGGUCCCUGUGCCUGUCCGCUUCCUCUUUGUGAUGCUGGGGCCCAGCCACACCAGCACCGACUAUCAUGAACUUGGGCGUUCUAUUGCUACCCUGAUGUCUGACAAGCUGUUUCACGAAGCUGCCUAUCAGGCCGAUGAUCGGCAGGAUCUGCUGGGCGCCAUCAGCGAGUUCCUGGAUGGCAGCAUUGUGAUUCCCCCAUCUGAAGUGGAGGGCCGAGAUCUGCUGCGCUCCGUGGCUGCCUUCCAGCGCGAGCUCCUGAGGAAGAGGCGGGAGCGGGAGCAGACCAAAGUGGAGAUGACCACUCGGGGGGGCUACGUGGCCCCUGGCAAAGAGCUUGCUUUGGAGAUGGGGGGCUCGGAGGCAGCCCCUGAAGAUGACCCCCUGCGGCGGACAGGCUCGGUGUUUGGGGGGCUCAUCCGGGACGUGAAAAGGCGGUACCCACAUUACCCCAGCGACCUGCGGGAUGCCCUGCACUCACAGUGUGUGGCUGCUGUGCUCUUCAUCUACUUUGCUGCCCUCAGUCCUGCCAUCACUUUCGGGGGGCUGCUAGGAGAGAAGACUGAGGGGCUGAUGGGUGUGUCUGAGCUGAUCGUGUCCACCGCUGUCCUCGGUGUUCUCUUCUCCUUGCUGGGGGCCCAGCCGCUCCUUGUGGUUGGCUUUUCUGGGCCUCUGCUUGUCUUCGAAGAAGCUUUCUUCAAGUUCUGCCGAGCCCAGGACCUGGAGUACCUCACGGGCCGGGUGUGGGUCGGCCUCUGGCUGGUGGUUUUCGUCCUGGCCCUGGUGGCUGCGGAGGGCAGCUUCCUUGUCCGCUACAUCUCUCCAUUCACCCAGGAGAUCUUCGCCUUCCUCAUCUCACUCAUUUUCAUCUACGAGACCUUCCACAAACUCUACAAGGUGUUCACGGAGCACCCUCUGCUGCCAUUCUAUCCCCCUGAGGGGGAUCUGGAGGGGGGCCUGGAGGCUGGCUUGGAGCUGAAUGGCAGUGCCCUGCCCCCCACUGAUGGACCCCCAGGCCCGAGGAACCAGCCCAAUACAGCCCUGCUGUCCCUCAUCCUCAUGCUGGGGACCUUCCUUAUCGCCUUCUUCCUGCGAAAGUUCAGGAACAGCCGCUUCCUGGGUGGCAAGGCUCGCCGCAUCAUUGGGGAUUUUGGCAUCCCCAUCUCCAUUCUGGUAAUGGUCCUGGUGGACUACUCCAUUACGGACACUUACACGCAGAAGCUGACAGUGCCCACAGGGCUCUCCGUGACGUCCCCUCAUAAGCGCACGUGGUUCAUUCCACCUCUGGGCAGUGCCCGCCCUUUUCCACCCUGGAUGAUGGUGGCAGCUGCCGUCCCUGCCCUCCUCGUCCUCAUCCUGAUAUUCAUGGAGACACAGAUCACUGCGCUCAUCGUCAGUCAGAAAGCUCGGAGGCUGCUCAAGGGCUCCGGCUUCCACCUCGACCUGUUGCUGAUUGGCUCCCUGGGUGGCCUCUGUGGGCUCUUUGGGUUGCCCUGGCUCACCGCUGCCACCGUCCGCUCCGUCACCCACGUCAAUGCACUGACUGUGAUGCGCACCGCCAUAGCUCCGGGCGACAAGCCCCAGAUCCAGGAGGUGCGGGAGCAGCGGGUCACCGGGGUGCUCAUCGCCUGCCUCGUGGGCCUGUCCAUCGUCAUGGGGGCUGUGCUGCGGCGGAUCCCAUUGGCUGUGCUCUUCGGGAUUUUCCUCUACAUGGGGGUCACAUCGCUGUCUGGUAUCCAGUUGUCCCAGCGUCUGUUGCUUAUCCUCAUGCCAGCAAAACACCAUCCUGAGCAGCCUUAUGUGACCAAGGUGAAGACGUGGCGGAUGCACCUGUUCACCUGCAUCCAGCUGGGCUGCAUUGCUCUGCUCUGGGUGGUGAAGUCCACGGCAGCUUCGUUGGCCUUUCCCUUCCUGCUGCUGCUCACCGUGCCUCUGAGGCGUUGCCUUCUGCCUCGGCUCUUCCAGGACAGGGAGCUGCAGGCGCUGGACUCGGAAGAUGCGCAGCCAAACUUUGACGAGGAUGGCCAGGAUGAGUACAACGAGCUUCACAUGCCCGUGUGACCCCCCUUGGAGACCCCACCUUAGUGACUGGCGGAACCCAGGACCCAGGCAGGGCCCAGCACCAGGGCCAGGGGCUCCUCGUGGCCCAGGGAUGUGUCCAGAGCUACUGCUCAUGCUUAGCCCAUGGCCUCCCUGACUUGGGGCUGGGCCUUUCACACACCAGACGACACAAGCUUUGAGCUCAUUAUAACCACACUCCUUGUCUUGUGUCUGCCUCACUUUCUUGGUUCCAUCUCUGAUUUCUCAG